AUGACUGAUAAAAAUUAUUGUAAUAUAAAUAACAAAAGUCAAUUUCAAAAUCAAAAUAUUUCUAUAUCUCCUUAUUAUCAUAAACUUAGAUUUAUACAAAAAAGUAAUAUGGUAAAUAAUAUAAAUAAAAAAAAAGUUCACUUUAGUAAAGAACCACCAAAUAUAUUUGAAUAUGAAGCUUUUGAUCAAUCUAAUAUAUCAUAUUAUUAUAAUGAUAUAUCUGAGGAUAAUUUAAGUAAUUAUGAAGAUAUAGAAUCAGUUAGAUUUCGUCUUAAACUGGAUAAAUUAGAUAAUACUAUACAUCAAAUAUCAAAAAUAAAUUCUAUAACAAAAUUUGAACAAGAAAUUUCAGAUACUUCUUUACUAAUAUUAGAUCAUAAAAAAUAUUAUACAGAUAUAGUUGAAAUUCACAAUAUAAAUUCAAGUAAUAAUAAAAUAAAAGUGAUUAGUGAAAAUAUAGAAAAAUAUGAUAAUAGUAAUACUUUAAUUCCAGAUAACAAUUUAAAUAUUAUAUCAGAUAUUAAUGAUAAUAUUAAGGAUAAUAUAGAAAUAGAAGACUCAAAUUCUCAAAUAGAAGAUUCAAAUUCCCAAAUAGAAGAUUCAAAUUCUCAAAUAGAAGAUAAGUGGAUAAAUUUAUCAGAUUUAUCACCAAAAAACUUCUUAUCUGAUAAUUCUAAAGAGAAUGUAAAUACAAACUCUACAAUUAUAGAUCUACAAUCUACAAGUGAUUCCCUUUGCCUUUUAUAA